AUGCGCACACCAGUUUGUUGUCUUGUUUGUGACGACUUUCUCGCCAUUCGCUGUCGAAGAGUUCCGACUCCAACCGCAGACGACCGUACACCACGUUGCCGUCAUUGUUUAGGACUCGUCAUUAACUAUUUCAUCCUUGGACUAGUCUUCCUAAUUCUAACCGCUAUUCUUCUCGCCUUUGAGCUGGCAUCGGGGACACCUCUACGAAUAGGCUACUGGAAUGGAGCUCUGGCUGCCAUCUCAGCUUUGGCCAUGUUUUGUGUUGCCGCUUAUCCCACCCAUUGGACACUGGUUUUCCUUCUUAUCUCAAAUGCAUUUACCAUACUUGCAUGCGCUAUUGUCGCGUUGACAACUGUUCACGAUGAAAAUAGACAAAUACCGUCUUAUUGGAUUUGCCUCACAAUCCUUGCACUCUCGGUUUACUCAGCUAUCUUUGUGCUGGCUAAGCGUGGAUUGCCUUGGAGUAACAUCCGAGAAGUGGAAUCGGACUUCAUACUUCCCUCCUUGGAGCAGUCUGGAAUGCAGGAGCUUCAACCCCCCGAGGGAUUUGUGCUACCUGGAGAACAUUUGCUCCCCGACUAUGACAGCUUAAGACAUCCGCCAACUUACGGCGAGGCGAUGGGUGAGGGUCAUUCAGAAGAUCAAACAAAUACCGCGAAGAGUAAAAACAAAAGAUGA